UCCGUAGAACUGAGGGCUAGUGAGAGCGCACAGUGCAGAUAGGCAGAAGCCGAAACUGACCUGGACACCAGAGCACCGGAGACUUAAAACUCUCACCAGAGCUGACUGACAGAGCGCUCUGGAGCAGGCGGCCGCAAGGAAGCCAAGCGGGCAGCGAGAUUUUCCCAGCUCCCUAGAGACACCUGAGCUCUCACCAUGAAGCUCUUGACAGGACUGCUGCUCCUGCUACUUCUUGUGCUGUGCUGUGUCGGGGCGGAGGGGUCAAAAUGCAAAUGCUCCAGGAAAGGACCAAAGAUAAGAUACAGUGAUGUCAAGAAGCUGGAAAUGAAACCAAAGUACCCGCACUGUGAAGAGAAGAUGGUUAUCAUCACUACCAAGAGCGUGUCACGGUACCGGGGACAAGAACAUUGCCUACAUCCCAAACUCCAGAGCACAAAGAGAUUCAUCAAGUGGUACAAUGCAUGGAAUGAGAAACGCAGAGUCUAUGAAGAGUAAGACAAGAAAAUCCUAAUGAAAAAAUUUCAGAAAAUUUUGGAAGACUUGAGCAAAGGACUCUACAGAAAAACCUUUCUUUCUCACAGUCAUAAGACACAAAUUAUAUAUUGUUACAAAAGCACUUUUUACCAAGGGUCAGUUUUUACAUUUUAUAGCUAUUGGCAAAAGGCUUCCAAGUGUCCUAACUGUCUCUUGCAUUUCAGAUCUCAUGAGUGUCUGCUUUUUACUGAAUUUGGGAAAAUCCAUGCCUUUCUUUUUUUAAAUGUCUUUUUGUAUUCAUUCGUCCAUCACUAUGAUUGCAACUGAGCUUUAUAAGCUCAUUAGCUGAACAAAUAAUCUGUGGUGGCAUUCCAUAUUCGUGCUCUGUUAUUCAUAGCCUUGGGGAAGAUUUCCACUUCUGAUUUCAUGGUGACUUUCCACAGAGGCUCCUCCAUGGAGGGGAAAAGGCAUAUGGCUUACAAUGUACCCUGCCAUGCUAACAUGUUGGUGUGUCUAUAUAAAAUGGGCCCAAAGCAGCUGGUAGAACUGAAUGAGCAUCACUUUUGCAUAUGUUCUUUGUUGAAAUAAAGCCUGAUUGCCAGGGAAAUUCCCCAGUUAAUUCUUACACAUAUUAUAAGGUGGGGUGGGGGGAAAGGGAGAGAAGACAAUCCCAAGCUAAGUUCAUGGCUAAGGAGGAUGCUGGAUUCUACUCCCAUCAUAAGGGAAUAUGAAAAGUACACUGCUUCAAUCUUAAUUAUUUUAUGCUUCAAAACAAUAGGUUUGCUAGCUUUCUAGUAAAAAUUCUUCAAGGAAACUUUUUUUAUAUAUGCGCAUGCAUGCAGGCACACACAUGCACAUACAUACAAAGAUGGUGACCUCACCCCCCCACCAGAAACAUACAAUCUCUGUCAUUGUGAAUGUAAUGCUUCCAUGAUUAAUAGUACAAUUCUCUCUGUCUUUUAAAAAUAAAGUAACAAAACUACCUUUCCCUUUGUAAAUAUACCCUAGGCAAACUGUGUAUCAUGUUCUUCUAGUAUCAUGUAUUACAUCUCGAAGUUAUCAUAUGCUAUUUAAAUGUCUGAAGAAAAUAGAAUUGCAUGCAGUUUUCAUAUUCUUUCUAAGACAAAAGGAAAAGUAAUAAAAUAUAUUUAAAACAUA